AUGUCCGAGAAGAUCGAAUCGGGACUUGAGCGUCAGAGCACGCCCGACAGAAACUUGAAGACCGAGGUGUUGGAAGAUGACGGAGAAGUCUUCAAAAGUCAUACCGGCCAGGCCGAGUUUCGUGCUCUAGGAUGGAUCCGAGCAGCGAUUAUCCUGAUGAAACUUUGCUUUGCAACAGGCGUGUUAGCAAUUCCCUUUGCCCUCAACGUCGUAGGCUACGGACCGGGAAUCAUUCUUCUUGUUUGCUGGGGCGCUUUGACAACUUAUUACGCUUACAUAAUGUACGCAUUCCGAAUGAAGUAUCGAGGUAUCCAUAACAUUGCCGACGCUGCCGCAACAUUUGGUGGUCCCAUUGCACGAGAGAUUGCAGGAGCCUUGUUUCUCCUAACUUGGGUACUGGCCGCAGGUUCGGGAUUCAUUGGGCUGGCGCAAGGAUUCAAAGUUCUAGCCAACGGCCGAGUCUGCACAGUAGUCUGGACAAUGAUCGCAGCCAUAUGUACUGCUUUGGCUGCUAGCAUUCAGACGCUGGGAAAGCUAGCAAUCUUGACAUGGAUUGGCUUCGCCUCUAUUUUUACGGCCGUUUUUAUCGUCGUUGUCGGCGUGACGCAGGUCGACCGGCCCGCCGCCGCACCACAGACAGGCUUUUACGAUCUUGGAGUCGUUGCUGUGGGACAUCCAGGCUUCGUUGCCGGCCUCACUGCUGCGAUAAACCUCUUCGCCGGUUAUGGAUCCACUCCCACUUUCAUGCCAGUCAUCGCGGAGAUGAAAAGACCCAAGUCUUUCCCGAAGGCUUUAUUCACAUCUCAAGGUGCCCUGGCUGCUUGCUACCUUGCCUUUGGUCUGGUUGUGUAUUUUUACUGUGGUCAAUAUGUCGCAACGCCGUCACUGGCGAGCGCCGGUGGAACUUUAGAAAAGGUGGCGUACGGUGUUUCCAUUCCCGGCUUCAUCAUGACAUCUACACUUUGGGUUCAUCUUGCUGCCAAGUUUCUCCUUGUACGCAUCCUUAGAGACUCCAAGCAUUUGCAGAGCAACAGCAUUGUCCAUUGGGGCACGUGGCUAGGAUCGACCCUAGGAAUCACUGUGCUGUCUUUUAUCAUCGCUGAAGCAAUUCCCUUCUUCAGCUACUUGAUUGGUUUAAUCGGAUCACUGUGCUGCGCCCCGACUUGUCUUGUAAUUCCCGCUCUGAUGGGCCUUUAUAUGGACAAGGGGAUGCAUGGUGUCAAUGCUAAAAGCAAGGCUAUUUGUGGCCUCCACAUCUUCACGGUUGUCCUGGGCUCCUUCAUCACUGUUGCUGGCACAUAUACCACGAUCCAAAGCAUCAUUGACGCUUACAAUUCUGGAGCUGUUGGUGGUGCUUUCACUUGCUCGUAA